AUGACCGUCGCCGAGCCGGAGAUGCCGGCGUCGGAGCACAGGCUCGUGGCCCUCGCCAGGUGGGACGCGCUCAUCUUCCUGUAUUACGGGAUCGUGUGGGUUGGCAUUGCGGCAUCCCUCGCCAUGGUCAUCGCGCCCCGCGCUCUGGGCGAGGUCGCGGUCGAGGGUUCCGGCGUCCUCGGUCUCCCACCACUCCCUCAUCUUCGCUACUUUGUUCAGCCCUGUUGCCUUGAUUCCCAUCGGCGCGACUGGAGUGCGCUCCGCCGGCUGCUUGACUGGAGUCAAGAAUCUCGAGUGCUGCUGACCCGCCGUCUUCUCCGGCCGCUGGCCCGUGCCGCCAUGGACAACAGGGAGACGGCGACGGAGCCUCGCCACCCGCUCCUGCAGGCCGUUCUCGACGGCGACCUGCGCCUCAUCAAAGAGAUGGCGGGUGUCGUCGCGGCGGACGCCGGCGUCCGGGCGCGCGCGCUGAGCGUGGCGGCCAUGGAAGGGCGGCUGGACAUCUGCAUGUGUCUCGUCGAGGACCACGGCGUCGAUGUCAACCAGCGCACCUUCACAGGUGACACUGCUCUGGCCAUCUCCGCGUCUUAUGGCACGCCCGCUAUCACGAGAUAUCUUCUGGAUCGUGGUGCUGUUCCAACUUUGGUUGGUGCCCUGUGGCCGUGUUAG